AAUUUAAAAGACAUUCAAUUCCUUAAGAAAAAAUGUGCAUUUUCGCAUUGUUGGAAAAGCUCAUUGUCUUUGUAUAUCAGUUUUGAGUAUUGUAGACAACUAUGGGAAUAUUAGAAAGAAUAAAAGAAAUUGAAGAAGAAAUGGCACGUACGCAAAAGAACAAAGCUACAGAGUAUCAUUUAGGCCUGCUCAAGUCCAGACUAGCAAGACUUCGUUCACAGUUAUUGGAAGGUCCGAAAGGUCAAGGCAAGUCGGACGAGAAAGGUUUUGAAGUAGUCAAAUAUGGAGACGCUCGUGUUGCGUUGAUAGGAUUUCCGUCUGUUGGGAAGUCGACCCUCCUGUCCAUGUUAACAAAAACAAAAUCAGAGACUGCGGCAUAUGAAUUCACGACUUUAACAACAAUUCCUGGCAUUUUGGAAUACAGAGACGCGAAAAUUCAACUUUUGGACCUUCCUGGAAUUAUUGAAGGCGCUUCUCAAGGAAAGGGAAGAGGAAGACAGGUUAUAGCAGUGGCUCGGUCUGCAGACUUGAUCUUGCUUAUGUUGGAUGCCACAAAGGCUGAAGAACAGCGAAUUCUUCUCGAAAGAGAGCUUGAAACAGUGGGUAUCCGAUUGAACAAGAGACCUCCGAACGUUUAUUUUGCCAAGAAGAACACGGGAGGUAUUUUGUUUACAGCAACUGUUCCUUUGACUAGGAUGAAUGAGAAGAUGGCUUAUAUGAUAUUGCAUGAAUAUCGAAUCCACAAUGCGGAAAUAUUGAUUCGUGAAGAUAUUACUGUUGACGAGUUCAUCGAUGUUGUGGAAGGCAAUAGACAAUAUAUCCGUUGUCUUUAUGUAUAUAACAAAAUUGACAGCACUACAAUUGAACAUGUUGAUAGAUUAGCUCGUAUGGAUAAUUCGGUGGUGGUUUCGUGCGAGUUGGAACUUAAUUUGGAUUAUUUGGUUGAGAAAAUCUGGGAAUAUUUGCAACUAAUACGCGUGUAUACCAAAAGACAAGGAAAUCCUCCAGACUUAAAAGAGCCUCUUAUCUUAAGAGAGGAUUCCACAGUAGAAGACGCUUGCAAAGCGAUUCAUCGGAGUUUGGCAGAUCCUACACAAUUUAGAUAUGCACUCGUGUGGGGUCGAAGUGCAAAGCAUGAUCCCCAGAGAGUUGGAUUGACACAUCCGUUACUAGACGAGGAUGUUUUGCAAGUUGUUAAGAAGUGAAAAAUGAAAUUAAGAAACCAGAAUAAGAAAAAUUCAUUUGUUUUCAAUACUAAAGACAAAAGUUGAUGUUAUCGCUCUUCAAUGGAUAUAGAGACGGUAUUGCUUUUACAAGGUUGGAAUAAAUCAUACUCGAAUAUUGCUCCAUAUGUGCAACAUGUACCA